UGACACUGGUAUAGCAUCACAUAUGCCAAAUCUAUUCCAGCACAAUGGAACAUAAAUUAAAAACAGCAAUUUGUGCAAUUUCAACACAUUCUGCAAACAAUAGCUCUCACUGUCACUUUUGUUUCCCAUCAUUGUCCGGGAUUUGGGAACGGAUUGCAAAAUGGACUCCUGUCUUGACCCUUCUGUCAUAAUAUUUUCCACUCAUACUGCAGAACAAGUCACUUUAUACAGUGCCUGUGCACCAUGAUCUAGAACUUGCUCACCAGUAUUUCAGCACAUAUUUGCUACUGACAUUUCGUCCUUAAAACAACAUUAUGUAGAAAGUGUCAUUUUCUAGGAUUUGGCACCGCCCACAGUUUGUGCAACACUACUGUGGUAAAUACAAAUCCCCAGUCUGAAACAAUUUGUCAGAUGUAAUAUAGCUGCUAACUACAAACAAAACUCAUUAAGUCAUAACAAUGCUGUGUUGAACUCUUGUAUGUUGAAGCAAACACGUAUAUGACUGUGAUCCUACCCUCACCCUGAAGUUACACACUGCAGAAACAGGUGAUGAGGGGGAGCAGCCGAGAGAGAGACACCAUUCACACCUAUGACAAAACACUGAACCAUCGAAAGGACUUUGAUGCUGUUACUCUCAUAAUGACAAUUAGCAGUUAUAAUGUUUGCAUCAUGUUGCAUCUUGCAUAAUGCUGUGGUUUCCAAACUUUUUUUCUGCAGGGCAGGUGAUAUUUUCAGCACACCGUCCAAACACACACAUACACGUCUUUUGCUCACAAAUUCCUUUAGCAGUGUUUUUCAGUCCUGGUUCUGGUGGGCCCCCCUCCCCUACAUGUUUUAUAUGGAUUUCUGUUCCAGCACACCUGAUUCAGAUGAUCAGCUCAUCAUCAAGCUCUGCUGAAGGCUGGUGAGAAUCAGGUUCUGUUGGUGGACGACGAUGCUACUGUGAGGAGAGUUAUAGCUGCAGCUGAUUGUGUUUUGGAGUGCCUCUCUGAGCUUGGCGCGUCCUCAGACAUCAAGUCCCUGCUCAAAUCUUUCCAGGUGUUUUCUCAGGCUCUGCUUCUCCUCAACAGUCUGACGGUGGAGAGGGCAAAUUCCUUACAGGAUCACAGACAAACAAAACAGCUCCUUGAUUGCUUGGAGACCCUGAGGAGGUGCAUCUCCAUGCUGCAAACGGCCAUGUGCACGACCAUCAAACACCCUUCAAGCGAGCAGGCACAGGCUGCCAAGAGAUACAUUCUGGAUAAGGUGCGGAGCACGGUGAGUGAUGUUGUCAUCACCCUGAAAAGUGAACGCCACAGUGGAUCACUGGGUCCAUGCGGGUAUUACACAGCAAGGAGGAACAGUCUGUUACAGCAACUUACUAGGCCUUUGACUUUGUCAAUCCGAGGCAGUGGUUUUGACAGCCUGGUGCGAGAUCUUGUGUUCCACUGCAUGGUUGUUGCAAACUCUUCUCGAAGAGAGUUUCAGCAGAGAGUGGUGGGUCAUUGUCGGCACAUCCUGCAGUUCUGGUCAGACACAAAACGAAUGCUGAAGUCCUCGGAGGAUCCUGAUGAUUCUGAGCAGAGCCUUGAGAAGACCUGCACUUCGAUGGCACAGCAGAUCCAAAUGCUUGAUGAAGCUUUGAUGACCACUGUUCCUUAUCAAGUCCUGGACACAUUCCUCACAGCGUCUUCUACAGCUGAGGAACUCUUAAGCGUGACAAGACAGAUCCUGGUUGCACAUUCUUCCACACAGAUGGAUCUGAACUUUGUUCAGCCGCUAGUUGAGGAUUUCAUAUCUUCCGCUGAUGGAAUAAUCCAAGUGGCAACUUUUGUCUCGGCUGUGUCCGUCGAUGUGAAGAGUUUGGAGAACGUGGAGAACUCGAGAGCGUGCCUUACCCGACUCAGAGCUCAAAUCGCACCGCUUUCACUGGAGCUCGAGGACAAUUCAAUGCAAACUGUUCAAAAGCUUCACGAGGUGUGUCAGAAGUGGGAGGAAGAGAGUAGUCAGCUUCAGGAUGCUCUCAGCGAUGUACUGGACGUAAAGGAGUUCACCAGUGUUGCUAUUAAUGAGAUGGUCAAUGAUCGGCAUGGAUGCGAUGAAGCGUACAGAGAGCAAAGCUAUAAACUGUUCAAUGCUCACGCGACAAACCUUAACUGUCACAUGAAGCUGGUGAUUCAGUCAGUGAGGAGGCACUUGGAUAGAAGUGAUGACCCCAUCUACAGGAAUGGCCUCCUGGUGCUGUUGAAACUGGUUCAGUCAUCUCAAACCAAGGUGAGCGAGUCAGUCAGAGACAUGCUUUCGUGUUCAAGUCUAAAUGUGGAAGCUUACACACCUUUUUCAGAUAACGUGUCCACGGCUAUUCAGCAUUUUAAAGUUCUCAGACAGGGGCUGGAUGGACAACAGCAUCCACAUCUCCUGAGCCCGCUGCGAGAAGGAGCACGCCAGCCUGAAACCUCACAGCCAUGUUUACCAGUCAGAGACACCUGUGAUCUGAACCUGGAUCAUGUGAGAAGAGGCUCUGAGUCUGCUGAUUUGGAGGUUACAGAGAGGGAUUCCCAAACCGAACAUGAGGAGGAGGAUGAGGAAACCAUAGAAGCAGAACUGUCUCAUAAAUAUGACAGAGAUGAUUUAAAGAUCCCAGCUGUCUCCGAUGAGCCCAGACUGAUCCACAAGCCUCUUGAAUUUGACCUUUUACCCCUCCUGUAUGAAGUUGUGGCUGUGACUAAAGGGAAAGACGUGACAGCGCUCAACCAAGCCUGCACUGGUGUGCUUGAGCUGUCCAACUGGUACGUUCAGGCUGCGAAAGAAGCCUUGGCCAUUGUUGAUGCAGCUGACCGUCAGACGCUGGAAAGCUUCCGAGCCGAGCUGGUGUCUCUGACUCCGCUGCUGGUCCAGACAGCUCAAGAGACGGCGAUGAGCUCGGCGAUGAGCAUGGAGAGCAUCUACAGACACAGCACACAGUUCUCUGACCUCAUCAACAACACCCGAAAGGUUUUACUGCCAGUGGCUGGAACUUGGUUUCAUGCUGUUUACACUGAGAUGCAGGGAAAUCUGAAGGCAGCCACUGUUAAACAGCAACUAAAUGAAGUGAUGACUCUGUGCGCUGAUACGGUCCAGCUCCUGACAUCGUCUGAUUUAACCUCACAAAGUGACGGUCAAGAAACAUUCAGCGUUUUACACAACAAGCUGAACAAAGCACACAACAACACAAGGUUUCUGGUCGAGUUUUCUACCUCAGUGGAUGGACAGGCAGACCAAUUAGAGGGGCUCUGUAUCCUCUGGGGCCUGUCUGUUCAGAUCCUUUUGAAUUCUGUUGAUAAGAUCUUGGGAACAUCAACUGCAAUGAACCAGCUGGGCCCUCAGAAACAGCUAUCAGUGUUGUCUGAGAACUCGCUUCGAAUCCAAGAGGCAGCGAGGCUUACAAGCCUGAAUUGUAGAAGUGCUUACAAAUCCAAACAGUUAACAGGACACCAGGAUGAACUGAAGACACUGACUGACACCUAUCUCAAAUCUGCAGAGGAGCUUGAUAGCAUGCCGAGUGUAAUGCAACUUGCAAAGUCAGAAUUCUUUCAGAGACACCUUUUGAUUAAAAUCAGAGUGCUUUCUGGGCAUUUAAGCAAAGCAAAUAAAGAUUACGACGCAGCACUUAGAAACAUUGUCAGAGCUGCUUAUUUUGCUGCCGAACACUUUAGAGAUAACGAUGCGGAGGACGCGGGCAAGACGUUCGAAAACGCAGCAGAAUCGUUUUUUCAAAAUGUCAAACUUGCGACCAAACAAGUCGAGGACUCCUUGAACUACAUCCGCGACCCGCGAGCACGGUCUAACCUGAGGUCUAUCAACGACCACUUGUCUUUUCAAAUCUCAGAUAUAAUCAGCCGGGUGAGGCUCAUGGUGGAGACUCACUACAUCUGUGACACGCUCAGUCUGGAGGUGCAGAUACAGUGCUGGUCGGCUAAAGCUCACUAUGUGGUGGAAGAGAUCAGGAAGCAGGAUGGGAUCCACCAAGAGGCUAAAGAGCACAUCAUGGCUUGUCUACAGGGAGGAGCACCACAGGAUAUCAAAGAAGUGUUCGCUUCAAUCCCACAUAAAGUCAAAGAAAUGGAAUUUCCCUCCGAUGCAACAGUGACAUCCUGGCAGAAAGGCAACACAGAGAGGGUUGAUGCUGCAGAGCUGAAGAUGAACAUGGCAGCUGUGGCCAAAUAUGAACCUGAAAAUAAGGGAAAAGAUGAUGGUGUAUGGCGUGCUGCAUCCAAAGAAGCAUCUUGCCUGACCUCCACCUCCCUUUCUUUAAAGCAAGAAAGUGACAGCUGGGAUCCAAAGGACAACAGAAUUGUCCAGGUGACCAGGAAGAUGGCUGACACAAUCUGUUACAUGACCCAGUACUUGAAGAAGAAAGGCCCAAUACCGAAUAAAGAGGCUUUUGUCACUGCGGCCAAAGAUGUGAUCUCAAACUGUCAGUCAGUAACUCACUUUAUCAGAGUGAUCACCAGCCACUGCUUGGAUAAACAGUGUACGGUCGAACUCUCCCUCAUAGUGGAGCAGAUUCUCACCAUCAGCAACCAGCUCAAUAUCAUCUCCAGUGUCAACGCUGUAACACCUGGAUGCAAAUCAUCUGAUGAGAUCCUGGUGAAGAACGCACAAAAUCUUCUCCAGACGGUCCUGCGUGGGGUCCAUGCGGCAGAGACGGCCUGCAUGACAGGUUUGAAGCAGCCUGAGCCAAACUCAGACGGCGCAGAGGCCACAGCCUUGUGUUUCCAGUGGCGGAGGAAGCUGGAGAUCCAUCGAGCCCAGCAGACCUCCAACCCAGAGACUGAUGAACUGGGUUUGAGGAAGACCUCAUCCCACCCUGUGGCACCCAGCCUUGCCCCGCCAGUUAAAGUGACCACUACCCCCUCAAAACACGUGUAAUACUUCCUUGUCUCAAGACAAAGAACCCUAACAAAGAUGGCAUUUUUGUCUUCUGUUUGAUAUGAGAUAAGUGAAACCCACUUAAGGUCACUUCAGAAAGCUGAACGAUGUGAAUUUUUUGUUCUGAAGCUGAGGUUUGAUUUGAUCUGAGGUCGAAUGAAGGAGGAAGCACUGGCUAGUGUUUUGCAUUUUGCAAGUCUUACUUGUUUCAAGAACAAAGGUAGCCUAAGUAUUUGUUCUGGCUGUUGUUUGGAGUAUUAAUAUUAUAUUAUAUUGGUACUAUAUUGGACAUAUGAAAGAAGAAAAGAAGUGGUGCUUCAAAAUUCUGUAGUAAUUUUAGGGACUUUUCAUCUAUCUUUACUUUUUAUGAAAUGUAGUAUAAUAUGACCUCUCUGACCUUUGAAUUAAACCAUCUGAAAAGUUGAACAGUUGAAAUGUAAUAAAGGCCUCAACCAGA